UCAUUCAAUCCCAACAAGGAUUGCCAUUCUUAGCCUUUUAAAAUUAGUUUCGGUUCAAAUAACUUUCUUAAAUUCGAAUUUCUUUACUUCAACCUUACUUUUACCAUGGCGUACAGCAUUGAAAAGAGAUCGAUACCCGGCUACAUGAUGUACAUCAAUGGCGGUCUAGCCGGAAUGAUGGGCACCUGCAUUGUGCAACCAUUGGAUUUGGUGAAGACCAGAAUGCAAAUCUCGGCCACGACGGGCGAGUACAAGAGCUCCUUCGAUUGUCUACUGAAGGUGUUUAAAAACGAGGGCAUUCUUGCCUUGUAUAAUGGCUUGAGUGCUGGACUGAUGCGACAGGCCACGUACACGACAGCCCGCAUGGGCUUCUACCAAAUGGAGAUCGACUCCUAUCGCAAGCACUUCAAUGCACCGCCCACUGUGCUGGCCAGCAUGGGCAUGGGCAUUCUGGCCGGCGCUUUUGGCGCCAUGUUCGGCAAUCCGGCGGAGGUGGCCCUGAUCCGGAUGAUGUCCGAUAACCGUUUGCCGCCGGAGGAGAGACGCAACUACAAGGGCGUCGUGAACGCCUUUGUGCGGAUCGCGAAGGACGAGGGAGUGACCAGCUUGUGGAAGGGAUGCAUGCCCACUGUGGGUCGUGCGAUGAUCGUCAACAUGGUUCAGCUGGCAUCGUACUCGCAGUUGAAGGCAGCCUUCUCGAAUUACUUCUCGGGACUUCCGCUACACAUCGCCGCCGCCAUGAUGUCCGGUCUGUUGACCACCAUUGCCUCAAUGCCGCUGGACAUGGCCAAAACGCGCAUCCAGCAGCAGAAGACGGCCGAGUACAAGGGCACCAUGGAUGUCCUGAUGAAGGUCAGCAAGAACGAGGGAGUUGCCGCGCUGUGGAAGGGCUUUACGCCCUAUUUGUGUCGCUUAGGGCCGCACACGGUGUUUGCUUUUAUAUUCCUGGAACAACUCACCAAGGCCUACAAGCAUUUUGUGCUCGGCGACGAUUCCGAAUCGAACAUAUAAGUCUGUAAGGGCCCUAAUUGAUUGCCAAAAUCAAUAGUCAACUUGGAGAAUAUCUCCCACUUUGUAUUGCCACAACAAAACAAACCAAUGUAUUAUUUUCAUCAUACAAAUUAGGUUUGAAAUGAAAAUAUAGUUCACUGAUUUCAUGUUCUUUCUUUAAAUAA